AUGGAGCCAGGAUGGGGCUGGAACAGCACUCAUCGCAGCCGGUCUGGGCACAGCCAGGAGCUGCUGAGCCCCCAGACCCUGGCAGGGGACCCCAACCUGACCCUUUUGCACACCCGGGAUGAGGAGCUGGCCAAGGCAGAGAUCGGGGUGCUGGCCACCAUCCUGACCGUAGCGACCGUAGGCAACGUGGGGGUGCUGCUGGCGAUGUACCGCCUGAGGAAGAAGAUGAGCCGGAUGCAUCUCUUCAUCCUGCACCUGGGGCUGACCGACCUGGGCGUUGCGCUCUUCCAGGUGCUGCCGCAGAUGAUCUGGGAGGUGACGUACCGCUUCCUGGGCCCGGACCCUCUCUGCAGGGCGGUCAAGUACCUGCAGGUGCUGAGCAUGUUCGCCUCCACCUACAUGCUCAUCAUGAUGACGCUGGACCGCUACAUGGCCGUGUGCCACCCGCUGCGCACCCUGCAGCAGCCCAGCCGCCAGGCCUAUGUGAUGAUCGGGGCUACGUGGCUGCUCAGCUGCCUGCUCAGCCUGCCCCAGAUCUUCAUCUUCUCCCUGCGGGAGGUGCGCCAGGGCUCGGGGGUGCUGGACUGCUGGGCAGACUUCAGGUACCCAUGGGGAGCCCGAGCCUACAUCACCUGGACCACACUGUGCAUCUUCAUCCUGCCCGUCAGCAUCCUCACCGUCUGCUACAGCCUCAUCUGCUAUGAGAUCUGCAAGAACCUCAAGGGCAAGACCCAGAGCGGUGCCCCCAGCUCGGGGGGGCCCACAGCAGCUGCCCCUCCUGCUCCCUGCUCCUCCGAGAAGAGUGGGCAAUGCCCCAGCGGGCAGCCCUCACGGGUAAGCAGCGUGCGGACCAUCUCCCGUGCCAAGAUCCGCACGGUGAAGAUGACCUUUGUCAUUGUGGUGGCCUACGUCGCCUGCUGGGCACCGUUUUUUAGCAUGCAGAUGUGGUCGGUGUGGGACGAGGAUGCUCCUGAUGAUGAGUCCACCAAUGUGGCUUUCACCAUCACCAUGCUGCUGGCCAGCCUCAGCAGCUGCUGCAACCCCUGGAUUUACAUGUUCUUCAGCGGGCACCUCCUCCAGGACGCAGCACGCUGCCUGUCCUGCUGGGGUGGGCCCCGGCCCGGGCUGCGGAGACAAGCGUCCACUGGGAGCCUCUGCAGCAGGAAAACCACUAUCCUGAGCCACAGCCACCACACCAGCCCCACCAGCCUCCCCCUGCAUGGGGGCAGCGCCAAGGACUUCUGCCCACCCUGCGAGGAGGUGGUGACCGAGUCGGGCACGCUCUAG